UGCAAUGAGCCAUUCUAUUUGAUGCUUCUUUUUUGGCUUGGAGUUAGCGUUAACUGCUUUAAAUAGUUUAUUAUAAAUUUGGAAAAUGGAUAAAUGAUUAAACCAAACUGAUAUCUAAUGGUUCCAUCACUAAAUUAAGAUUACUGCAACUAUUAUCAAAGUUAAGAGCAAGGGGAGGAAGCAAAAGCCUUUGCCAGCCUAUGCUGGACUGUGGAAGCAGCAUGGCAGACGUCCUGACAGACAGGAUAAAUGAGCUAGAGGCAGAGGUGGAGAAGCUCAAGUCUCAGCUGAGGGAGAAGACUAGAGCUGGGGAGGUCAUGGACGUCACAUCCAGUUCAUCUUCUCGUGACAACACAGAUUGCAGUCCUGAAGAGAAUGGCACCACUAGCAGCAAGAAGAAGGGUAAGAAAGUAAACAAGGAUCGUCCUUUAGACUUCUCGGCAUACCCUCGUCGCCAUGUGGCUCUGCGGUUGGCUUACCUGGGGUGGAACUACCAGGGGUUUGCAGUUCAGGAGAACACAGAAAAUACAGUGGAGGCAAGAUUGUUUGAAGCUUUGCAAAAAACUCGACUGAUCCAAAGCCGACAGAGUUCUAAUUAUCACCGGUGUGGUCGCACUGAUAAAGGAGUCAGCGCUUUUUCCCAAGUCAUCAGUAUUGAUUUAAGGUCUAAUCAGUUUAGUAAAGGACUGGGUAUCACACUUCCUGAAAAUGUGGAUGUAAACAUUAAAAAUAAAGCCGUCGUCUCAGAGUUUCCAUACGUCAAGAUGCUGAAUAGAGUCCUUCCCCACGAUAUCAGAAUCUUGGACUGGGCACCAGUGGCACAGGAUUUUAGUGCACGCUUCGAUUGUCAGUCCCGCACAUACCGCUACUACUUCCCUCGAGGAUCUUUGGAUGUGAAACUGAUGGCAGAUGCUGCAAAAAGAUACGAGGGUACUCAUGACUUUCGAAACCUCUGCAAAAUGGAUGUCGGUAAUGGAGUUCUUCAGUUUGAGAGGACCAUCCUGUCAGUGUCCAUCCAACCUGCAUGGUCUACACAAACCUCCACAUCAGAGUCACAUGAUCUUUUUAUAUUUGAAAUCAAAGGAUUAGCCUUCCUUUAUCACCAGGUACGAUGCAUGAUGGCUGUCCUUCUUCUGAUAGGGCAGAAACUGGAAUCCCCAGAGAUCAUUGAUCAGCUUCUGGAUGUACAGACUAACCCAAGGAAGCCUCAGUACAGCAUGGCCGUUGACUUCCCUCUGAUCCUCUACGACUGCCACUUUGAUGGUUUGACUUGGAAACAGGAACCAGAGGAGGUGAACUACAUUCUGGUUACACUGCAGCAACACUGGACGCAGUCUGCAGUCAAAUCUCAUCUCCUCCUUGGAAUGAUCACAGCUUUAGAAGCCAAAGGUGCUACGUCCACUGGUCAGUGCUUGCUGGUAGAAGGCAGCCGCUGCAAGAAUUACCGACCGUUGCUGCAGCGUCCAUUCUGUGAGAGUCUGGAAUCCAGGAUUGAUCACUUUGUUAAAAGAGGCAGAUUAGAGCGAGAGGAAAGUCAGAAUGGAGGUGAAAUGAUCCACAGAGGAAAACGAUCCAAACAUUCCCACAAUUCCCCCAACCCAACAAUCUCUUCAGAUGAAAACUUCUCCAAGGCAAAGACAGAAGAGAAAGCAGAAGACUAACGUUUUAAUUUUAGAGACUUGCCAAACUAUUUUUGAGUUCUGCUUUUUUCUUUAAAUCUUCUAAAGUCGUACAUGACACAACGCCAAUCUAAGUUUUUAUUUCACUGACUAGUGGGGAAAAUACAAGAUAAUGCACAAGUGUUUCGUUUGCUGUAAAAUAAACACUUUUUCAACAAUG